GGCGGGAAGGCCCACCCACUCACCCAUGAUUGACUCGGGCAUGCUGGGACUUGCAGGCUGGCUGUGGCGCCCGGGCCGCUGGGAAAUGUAGUCUCUGACCUGAUGUGGGACGUCGGUGUCCCGCGGGCCCAGGAGUGACAGCUAGGGAGGCCUCUUCUUCCUUCCCCACAGCCUUGUGAAGCAGCUCUGUGACGGCAUGGGAGCUUCCCAGCUGCCCUCUCCUAGAGUUUGACAACUUAGCAUGGACCAGUCUGUGGCAAUCCAGGAGACCCUGGCUGACGGGGAAUACUGCAUCAUCAUAUCCUUUCGAGCUGUAGGUUGCCACCUAGCUCAUGCCUGCCAUGGCCUUGAGCGGUGGGAUGAAGUUUCCCUUCACCCUGCGGAGCAGGCAGUACAAGGUGUGCUCUGUAAGGGAGAGAGCAGGCAGAGCCGCCUGUUGGGGCUGGUGAGGUACCGGAGGCUGGAAGAUGAUGUUCAGGAGCAUGCGCUCUUUCUGUAUACACACCGGAGGAUGGCCAUCACGGGAGACGAUGUAUCUCUGGACCAGAUAGUCCCAAUCUCAAAAGACUUUAUGCUGGAAGAAGUGACCCCAGAUGGUGAACUCUACAUCCUUGGCUCUGAUGUGACAGUACAACUGAAUACAGCUGAGCUCAGGCUUGUAUUCCAGCUACCCUUUGGUUCACACACCAGAAUGUUCCUCCAGGAAGUUGCCAGAGCAUGCCCAGGUUUCGACCCUGAGACGCGGGAUCCGGAGUUUCUGUGGCUGUCUAGACAUAGGUGCGCAGAGCCAGAUGCCCAGUCCUGGAAACCGCGCGAGUGGAACUCAGACCCGGGUACCCGGAGCAGGUUCCCGCCCAUUGGAGGAGGGUUUCUCUGUGUAACAAAGCCCUGGCUGUCCUGGACUCUCUUUGUAAAUGAGGCUGGCCUCGAACUGUCAGAGAUCUGCCUGCUUCUGCUCCAAAGUGCUGGGAUUAAAGGUGGUUCUAACCUUGACAGCUCGAAGCCAAAUGGGAGAGGCCUGCUUAUGGACCAAAGCUCUGGAGCCAGGUGUGCGGAUAAGCCAGAAAACUGGGUCACAAGACAGCCUAAAUCCAAGUCUGAAAUUACCGACAUGGUUCGCUCCUCCACAAUCACGGUAUCAGACAAGGCUCAUAUUUUAUCCAUGCAGAAGUUUGGACUGCGAGACACAAUUGUGAAAUCACAACUCUUGCAGAAGGAAGAGGAUUACACCUACAUCCAGAACUUCAGGUUUUUUGUGGGAACAUACAAUGUCAAUGGACAGUCCCCCAAAGAAUGCCUCCGGCCCUGGCUGAGCCACAGCACCCAGGCCCCCGAUGUGUACUGUGUGGGGUUCCAGGAGCUUGAUCUGAGUAAAGAAGCCUUCUUUUUCCUUGACACCCCAAAGGAGGAAGAGUGGUUUAAGGCUGUGUCAGAGAGCCUCCACCCAGGUGCCAAGUAUGCAAAGGUGAAGCUGAUCCGGCUGGUUGGGAUUAUGCUGCUGUUGUACAUCAAACAGGAACACGCAGCCUAUGUCUCGGAAGUGGAAGCUGAGACUGUGGGGACAGGAAUCAUGGGGAGGAUGGGCAACAAAGGAGGCGUGGCAAUCAGGUUCCAGCUGCACAACACCAGCAUCUGCGUUGUGAAUUCCCACUUGGCAGCCCACACAGAGGAGUACGAGAGGAGGAACCAGGAUUACAAAGACAUUUGUUCUCGAAUGCAGUUCUCUCAGGUGGACCCGAGCCUCCCCCCUCUCACCAUUAGCAAGCAUGAUGUGAUCUUGUGGCUGGGGGACCUCAACUACAGAAUAGAAGAGCUGGAUGUGGAAAAGGUGAAAAAGCUCGUGGAAGAGAAGGCCUUUCAAACCCUGUAUGCAUAUGACCAGCUGAAAAUCCAAGUGGCUGCCAGGACUGUCUUUGAAGGCUUCACAGAGGGCGAGCUCACCUUCCAGCCUACCUACAAGUACGAUACUGGCUCUGACGACUGGGAUACCAGCGAGAAGUGUCGUGCUCCUGCCUGGUGUGACCGAGUCCUGUGGAAAGGAAAUAACAUUACUCAGCUGAGUUACCAGAGCCACAUGGCCUUGAAGAUCAGUGACCACAAGCCUGUCAGCUCAGUGUUUGACAUCGGGGUGAGGGUUGUAAAUGAAGACCUCUACCGGAAAACACUGGAGGAGAUUGUCCGAUCCCUGGAUAAGAUGGAAAAUGCCAACAUUCCUUCUGUGACACUGUCCAAGCGGGAGUUCUGUUUUGAGAAUGUGAAGUACAUGCAGUUGCAAACCGAGUCCUUCACGAUUCAUAAUGGCCAAGUGCCCUGUCAGUUUGAAUUCAUCAACAAGCCUGAUGAGAAGUCCUACUGUAAGCAAUGGCUGACUGCCAAACCCAGCAAAGGCUUCCUCCUGCCAGAUUCUCACAUUGAGAUUGAGUUGGAACUCUUUGUAAAUAAGUCUACUGCCACAAAACUCAAUUCAGGCAAAGACAAAAUUGAAGACAUUCUGGUUUUACACUUGGAUCGGGGAAAGGAUUACUUUUUGUCCGUGUCUGGGAACUACCUGCCCAGCUGUUUUGGUUCUCCCAUUCAUACAUUGUGCUACAUGAGGGAGCCAAUCUUGGAUCUACCGCUGGAAACUGUUAGCGAGCUGACUUUGAUGCCAGUGGAGGCUGCAGAUGACAGGAGCCAUUUGGAAAACCCCAUGGAAAUCCCCAAAGAACUCUGGAUGAUGGUAGAUUACCUCUAUAGAAAUGGUAUCCAGCAGGAAGAUCUGUUUCAACAGCCAGGCCUGAGGACGGAAUUUGAGCAUAUAAGGGACUGUUUGGAUACUGGAAUGAUUGAUAACCUCUUUGCUAACAACCAUUCUGUAGCUGAAGCCUUGCUGCUUUUCCUAGAAAGCCUGCCAGAGCCUGUCAUCUGUUACAGUGCCUACCAUAACUGCUUGGAGUGUUCUGGCAAUUACACAGCAAGCAAACAGGUUAUUUCUACUCUCCCCACAUUCCACAAAAAUGUCUUCAACUAUUUGAUGGCGUUUUUGCAAGAAUUGCUGAAAAAUUCAGCAAAAAAUCAUUUGGAUGAGAAUAUUCUAGCUACCAUAUUUGGCAGCCUACUGCUCCGAAACCCAGCUGGUCACCAAAAACUUGACAUGGUGGAGAAGAAGAAGGCCCAAGAGUUUAUUCAUCAGUUUCUCUGCGGUCCACUUUGAGCCUCAAUGCUCCUCUCCUGUUUCCCCAAGGCAUCCACAACUGUCAGCCCUACCUGUUUCAGCUCAAGAGCUGCCUUAGGAUCCUCUGAGGCCAGCUGGAAGCAAGAAUGGCAGCUACCUGUUUCCUUACCCGUGCCAUUGGCUAACACACUCAUGUGUUGUGACUUGUGAAGACAUGGGGAAAUCCAUGAUAACAGAAUGGACAUUCACGGUUCAACUUCAGUUAUUUAACACAAAUAGAUCUCUAUUCGAUGUUAAAGUUUUUAAGUAACUGUACUUUGGCCUUAUUCAAUGUGCCUCCAGGACAGUCAGUGGGUUCUCUGUAUCCUGUACUGAGCAACUCAUGAUUAGAUAUUUGGACUAACUGAAGUCCUUGAAGGACAGUGAGUUGGACAACAGGGAUUUGGUUAGAUGUUCUGGAUUAACAAGUUUUAGCCAUCUCAGAUGCCUCCACUGUCCAAUCUGAGACCAUGUAUAUGCACAGGGCAACUGUCCCCUUUUUACUCAGCUCCAAGGCCUCUUAGUCCCUCCUAAAAGCACUGAAGAGAAGGGGUUCAGGUGAAAUAAAUGGGAUUUUGUAGGCCAUCUAGUCCUCCCAACUGUAUAUAAUGUAUCCCCUCUCAUAUAUGUAAUAUAUUUUAAUGAUAAAUGUAUUUUUAACAGUG